GUAUAUCAAAGUUUUCGCUCGAGAAGAACAAAGAAGCACAUCGGUAUUCUCUGGCUUUGGGUUGAAUGUUCGAAAGAAUCUUUUGUGUCAACGAAAGAUUUCACUUCGAAGCACUAGUGUGCAGUACAUGAUCAUGCUACCGGUACUGGAAUAAAGACGAGUACUCGUACGUGCCGGUUAGUAAUUACUAUCAUCUCACCUAAUACAGAGUGGUAGUGGUAAAGUACUUUUUAGAAUAGUAGAGAACGGAACGUACCUGCUAGUACCGUACUUCCCGAACACAAGGUCUCGUUUUUGAUGUUUUUCGCGGGACAUUUACUUGUACGUACUCCUAGUUUUUCCUCCUCAAUGCCUUUCUCACUGUAUCAUCAGUGUUUUGUGGUUCUGGCUGCGUGCAAGCGAGAGUACACAAGACACCUACGGUAUUCUACCAUAGUAYACUMUCCUCCAGCAACAAACAACGAGCAUGACGGAAAGCAAAGACAACUGGCGAGAGACCCUCUACAUCUGGGACGGCAUCGUCACGKCGSGGAUGCCCUCUCUGGCGGCAGAAGACAGCGCCAAGAACRGCGAGAGCGCCCCCAUUCCGCUCCACUGGGAGGGCUCGUGGCUUCCGAUCACGGGGGCUCCAGAUGCCGCCACCGUGGAAGCACCCAAGCGGAAUGCCUUCAAGAGGGAYAUGGAUGCGGAAUGCAAAUUUGCGGUGGGAGGAAACGCCACCCCUCUGACGAGAAAGGGAGACGAAMAGGACGACAACGACRACGACGACRAGGAACACUUCUUUCUCGCCAAGCUCGUAGACGGAACCGGUUGGGAAAUGAGGGACGGGGACGGUGAGGCCAAGGCCACCCACAAGGACARCGUCCAUGACGUUCUCCUCAAGACCAUCCGCUGGUCCGGGAACCAAAAGGACGAGACGGAAUCCCUUGUCGUGGCCAAGGGGGAGAACGCGUUUGGUCCCUUUUGUUCGGUUGGCUGGAUGCGCCCGGGUUGCCGCUGGACGGUAGCCCGCAGGUACCUGCCCGAGGAGGAUCCCCGGGCGAAGUGGUCCCUGGAAGAAUUCUACGAUGUUGUGGUGAAAGAGGCCAUUGGCGACGUGGAGGUUGCAGGAACCAGCAAGGGAGGAGAGGAGAAAGCGAUCAAGCGUCUCAACCUUCCACCAUGGCAGGCUGCURUCAUGCACGUCGACCAYACUGGUGGCGAGAAACAAGAACAGGAAGAUGGCGGGGGAAAGCGCCAAAAAGUUGACAAAGACUAACACCAGUGUUGCCGUUUGUGAAUGGUUUGCGUCAAGACACAAGAGAUCUAGAAACAAUCGCAAAGGCAGAGACAACAGCUGCGCAGAGAAGGAACARACACAAGGCAUUAUCGAACAACAGCUCGAACAAGAUCAACAGACUGUACCGCAUGGAAGAUCAGUCAAGAAGAAAGAGGUCGAGGUCACCACAGGGACAGAAUUGUCCACUAUUUUGACUGAUUUCGUGGUCAUGUAUUAUCAWAUAACAUAGAGAAGGACCGAAAUCAAAAUUCUGUGAGAUGCUAAAAUAAUUUGAAUACUAUAGUAAAAAUCAUUACCAUUCAAGCAAAAUUGGUUCAAACGAAACUUCAAAAAUAGAGAACACACAUAGAC